AUGAACUCCAAAAUGAACUCCGAACCUGUUGUCAUCGUGUCUGCCGCUCGGACACCAAUCGGGUCCUUGAACGGUGCUCUGUCCACAGUCCCUCUGCAUGACCUGUGUUCAGUGGUGAUCAAGGAUGUCCUGAAGCGGGCUGCAGUGAAGCCAGAGGAGGUCUCUGAGGUUAUCAUGGGACACGUCCUCACUGCAGGUCACGGUCAGAACCCGGCACGUCAGGCCAGCGUUGGGGCAGGUAUCCCCUACCCUGUACCGGCGUGGAGCUGCCAGAUGGUGUGUGGCUCUGGACUCAAGGCUGUGUGUCUGGGAGCUCAAUCCAUCCAGGCCGGAGAGUCCACUGUGGUGGUCGCAGGGGGCAUGGAGAGUAUGAGCAGGGCUCCUCACACCCUGCACAUGAGAGCAGGUCUAAAGAUGGGCGACGCCUCCCUGCAGGACUCCAUGCUGGCUGACGGCCUGACAGACGCCUUCCACGGCUACCACAUGGGCAUGACAGCCGAGAAUGUGGCGAAGCAGUGGGGAGUCACUCGAGAGGAGCAGGACCGGUUUGCCGUCCAGUCCCAGAACAAAACUGAGGCAGCGCAGAAAGCAGGACAUUUUGAUAACGAGAUCGUCCCAGUCGUGGUGCCAAGCAGAAAAGGUCCAGUGGAGGUGAAAGUGGAUGAGUUUCCUCGGCAUGGCAGCAACAUGGAGAGCAUGUCCAAACUCAGACCCUGCUUCAUUAAGGACAGCAGUGGUAGUGUUACUGCUGGAAACGCCUCAGGUAUCAAUGAUGGAGUAGCAGCAACUGUCCUAAUGAGCCAAUCAGAGGCUGCGAGGCGUGGUGUAAAACCACUGGCCAGAAUCGUAUCGUGGGCUCAAGCUGGCCUUGACCCGUCCAUCAUGGGCACUGGACCGAUACCGGCCAUCAGGAAAGCGGUUGAGAAAGCAGGCUGGCAGCUGGACCAGGUCGACUUGUUUGAGAUCAAUGAAGCGUUUGCUGCACAGUCUGUUGCUGUGGUCAAAGAGCUCGGCCUCAAUGCUGACAAGGUGAAUGUGAACGGUGGUGCCAUUUCUCUGGGCCAUCCGAUCGGUAUGUCUGGCUGCAGAGUGCUGGUGACCUUGUUGCAUUCGCUUCAGAGGACUGGAGGACAUAAAGGCGUGGCAUCUCUCUGCAUUGGAGGAGGGAUGGGCAUCGCCAUGUGCGUGGAGAGAGUCUGAUUAAAAAAAACAAAAAACAAUGCUGCUCCACGGAUUGCACUUGAUCUCAUCUUUUUAAAUGGAUAAGGGAUACAGACACUGUUUACGCUGAUAUAAAAUGGUAGUUUUCCUGGGUUGUUCCAAAUUACUGUAUUUGAAGUAAAAGCGACGAGUGUA